AUGGAAACGCAACUCUCAAACGCAGACGCGAAUUUGAGCCUCGGAGCUAAAACCAACACCAAAAUCAACGGAUCACGACCCGAAGACCCUAUGGAUGAUCAGGACCGGCCUUUGGACAUCGAAUACGUGGAGAAGAUCUUAAACUACGAGUUUAAAGACAAGAGUUUGCUGCAAGAAGCGUUCACAGACGCAACUUUCUACGAAAACCGCGAUUCGUACGAGCGGCUAGAAUUCAUAGGAGAUACGGUACUAAAUUUGGUAAUAACCAGAUAUUUAUAUUUUGUUUACCCGGAUUCUUCACCCGGUUUGUUAACCAAUCUCCGAGCGGUUAACGUUGAUACUGAGAAAUUGGCUCGAGUCGCUGUAAAACACAAUCUCUAUCGCUGCCUCCGUCAUAAGAAACCCUUGCUUGAGGACCAAAUAUUGGAAUUUGCAAAAGCAAUAGAAGGAUAUCCAUUACAUUCACGUGGGCUCUUGAAAGUCCCAAAAUCUCUAGCAGACAUUGUAGAAUCUACCAUUGGAGCUCUUUUCAUCGACUCUAACUCCAUCGAGACCGUGUGGGAGGUGGUAAAACCAUUGUUGGAGCCAAUAAUACCUUUAGAGAAAUUAGUGAACCAUCCAAUGACACAACUUUAUGAGAUGUGUCAGAAGAAGAACUUGAAAGUGAGGUUGGACGAUAGUACUUGGGAAGUUGAUAAAAACAUUCGUGUCUUUAUUGAAGAUCAUUUGGUUGGACGUGGACACCAUCUUGUCAAGAAAGAUAGUGCUCAUUUCGAAUUGUUAGAGAUGGAUUUCGAGCUUAGAUCUGCGAGAGAGAAGCUUGAGAGAGAACAAAGAGAGAGAAAAGAAAGAGCGAAACUUAAGCUCGAACGAGAGAAGAGAGCAAAAGAAGCUGCGAUUAAGCAACGCGAAGCUAUUGAAGCUUCUCAAAGAGCGAGAAGACUUGACGCCAUUGAAGCCCAGAUUAAGGCUGAUGAACAUAUGCAAGAAAGUUUAGUUGUUGGAGGAGGGAUAGUGUUUGAACGAGUCUUCCAAGCUGUUCCAUUUCAAGGAAUCGGAGAUAAGAUAAAACUUCCAACGUCGUGUUUUACCGAGUUAUCUGAUCAAGGAGCUUUCGAUAAAGGUCCUUUGUACUUUGAGCUUUCUGUAGUUGAUCACGCCGAUAAUAAAAAAACUACACAUUCUGGUGUUCUUGAGUUUACUGCUGAUGAUGGUACUGUUGGGCUUCCUCCACACGUUUGGAGCAAUUUGUUUUCGAUGCAUGAUCCGAUGGAUGUGCCUUUGGUGCAAAUCCGUUAUAUCCGGCUUCCUAAAGGAAGUUACGCAAAGCUUCAACCAGAUAACCUUGGUUUCUCAGAUUUGCCUAACCAUAAAGCCAUCCUCGAAACUAUUCUUCGUCAACAUGCUACACUUUCUCUAGACGAUGUUCUUUCGGUAAGUUAUGGGCAGGUCUCUUAUAAGCUACAGGUUCUCGAGUUGAAACCUGCUUUUAGCAUUUCUGUUCUGGAGACUGACAUUGAGGUUGAUAUAGUUAGUCCAGAUAUUGUUUCUGAUCAACCGAAUCAGCAUGUGUUAAGGCCGCUUCAAUUUGGGAAAUCUGAAUCCGGAACAGUUGAGGAAGGACAAUAUGAUUACUAUAAGUUUACGAUGGACGAGGCUGCUGUAGAAAAAGUAUUGGCAGGAAACAUCAAAGUUAUUGUAAAGAUAGAUGUGGAAAAGGAUGGAGCGGAUACAGAUCUCUAUGUAUCAAAGCACCCGGUGCUAUUCCCAUCUCUUAAUCAACACGAGUGGUCUUCACACGAUGUGGGUUCAAAAACCUUGAUCUUGGGAUCAAAGGAGAGAGCUCUGAGCUCAGGGACUUACAGUAUAGGUGUCUAUGGGUUCAAGGGAACGGUGAAGUAUCAGGUUUCAGUACUAGUUCAAGAAAGCAGUGAUGGUGCUAAGGUUGGAGAGCGGGCUUUAUCAUCUUCAUCAGAUGUCGAUACAGUAGAGUGUAGAAACUGUAAGCAUUCAAUUCCAAGCAGGAGUAUCCGGUUACACGAGGCGUACUGUAGCAGACACAACAUUGUUUGUAAUCAUCCCGGAUGUGGAAUCGUUCUCAGAGUUGAGGAGGCAAAAAACCACUUGCACUGUGAAAAAUGUGGGCAAGCAUUGCAGCCAACAGAGAUGGAGAAACACUUGAAAGUGUUCCACGAACCACUCACUUGUGGCUGCGGUAUAGUGCUCGAGAAAGAACAGAUGGUUCAACAUCAAGCAAGAGAUUGUCCUCUUCGACUGAUCGCGUGUAGGUUCUGUGGAGAUAUGGUGGAAGCGGGUAACUCCGCAGCUGAUACUAGAGACAGGAUGAGAGGUAUGUCUGAACAUGAGAGUACUUGUGGUUCAAGAACUGCACCUUGUGACUCUUGUGGUCGAUCCGUGAUGCUGAAAGAUAUGGAUAUUCACCAGAUUGCUGUUCAUGGCAAGAGUAGCUAA